CAGCUCCAGGAUAAAAGUCCACAGUGUCCCGAGGAGCCAGGAGGAGCCACGAGGAGCAGGCUGAGGGUAGGUGGGAAGCAAACUCAGACGCAUCGCAGCAGCAGCCUCUGCCAGUCCCUCCAGAGACAUGGAUCUCCAGACAGCAUCUUCCCGGGUGCUCCUGCUCCUGCUCUUCUUGCACCUGGCUCUCCCUGGAGGUCAUUCCCACCCGUUGGGUAGCCCCACUUUGCCCUCGGACUUGGAAACGUCCAGGUUACAGGAGCAGCAAGGCCAUUUGCAGGACAAACUCUCAGAGCUGCAGGCAGAGCAGACAUCCCUGGAGCCUCUCCAGAAGAGCCUUCAUCCCACAGCUGUCUGGAAGGCCCGGGAGGCAGCCACGGAGGGCAUCUUUGGGCUCCGCAAACUGGUUCUCUCCACCCUGCGGGGACCACGAAGCCUCAAGCCAAUGCGAGACACUGGCUGCUUUGGGCGGAGGAUGGACCGGAUCAGCUUCUCCAGUGGCCUGGGCUGUAAAAGGCUGAGGUGGUAGUAAGAGGAAGUCCUGGCUACAGCUACUGGCUUCUGAUUCCACAAAGGGCUCUUUCCUCAACCCUGCAACCACCUUUGAAGUGACUCCUAUUUAUUUUUAUGUAUUUAUGUAUUUAUUUGAUUGUUUUAUAUAAGAUGGUUUCUUAACUUUGAGCACAAAAUUUCCAUGGUGAAAUAAAGUCAACAUCAUAAGCUUUA